CUUUGUGAUGUUGCCUAGUCUUCGUGACUUGAGAGUACUUAGUGAACUCUCCACCACUACGUGUGUUCUCAUUUGUUGAUUACACAUUUAGUGGUUAUUAGGCUAUGAUGAGUCCCGCGGUUCCUUGUCAAACUAUGUGCACUACUUUGGGCCAAAGAUAUGGGCGAUCUGCACUUUUGAUGGCCGAGACAACGAUGCCAGAAAUUGUGCCCGUCCGUGGGUGGUCGCUGCCUCGAUCCGCUGUUUUGGCGCCCUCGACCACGACCCCGGUUGCCGUUGCCGCGCCCUUGUCCGCGUCCAAAGCCACCACGCUGCCCGGAGGAGGAACCAUCACCAUAGUUGCUGCCAAAAAGGUGUCCCCCGCUGCUAGAGUUGCUGCCGUGAGGAGAGCCGCGCCCGCCGGUCCCGCCGUGCUGUCCGCUUGCGUAGCUGCUGCCGCCAUGCCCUGCCAGCAGCGCCGUGCUGCUGUUGCUGCCCAGGGGGGGUCCGUUGUCGGUCAAGGAGGAGGAGGGCCGACCGGACCUGGAGAAAACUCGGCAUGGGAUCUUGAAAUUGAAGGAACGAGGUCUGAGCUUGGAGAUCUUCGGGGAGGCCGCGUAACAUCUGAAGAAUCAAUUGUAUGGAAAACCGAAGAGAAGGUCAAGUUGAUACGAGACCGGUUGCAGGUGGCCUCAGACCGACAGAAGUCGUAUGCAGACUUGAAGCGUCUGGAAAUCUCUUUCGAUGUAGGGGAUAAGGUUUUCCUCAAGGUUUCACCUUGGAGAAGGGUUCUUCGUUUUGGAAAGAGGGGGAAACUGAGUCCCCGUUUCAUCAGACCUUAUCCUGUCACGGCAAAGGUGGGCCCUGUUGCUUACCAGCUGGUGUUAGAAUAAAGGACCAACGCUAGAGGGGGGGUGAAUAGCGUUUGAACGUAGAAAUCGCAGGAAUUAAAAAAUUUAAAGGAGAAGAAAAGAGAAGGGUAAGA